AUGAACAUAUGGGAUUUAUCGUCACUUUCCUCACAUUAUUCACUUCUUCGUCUUGUAUUUCUUGAAGAUCCUGAAAGUUUUGCAGUCCCUAGAACUGAUUCAUCUAUAUUUUAUUUAAUGGUAGAUUCAGCUCCAACUGACCCAAGAUAUGUACAUGCCACUGUUAUUGUUAACAAUAAUUUAUAUGUUAUGGGUGGUAACAAUAAUGGUCAAUUAUCAAGAGAAUUUUUUUCUCUUGAUUUGUCACAACCAUUUGAUGCAACAACUCCACCAUGGAAGGAUUUAACUGCAACUUCACCAUUGCCAGUAUUUAUAUCAUGGGCUAAAGCUAGUUCCAACACUAAUAAUGAUACAAUAUUUUUAUUUGGUGGUAUUAUGGUUGAUACUGUAACUGGUGAUUUUAAUUUGAAAAGUGUGGUUUACACUCAUGAUUUUAAAAGCAACCAAUGGUUAGUAAACCCACCUGCUAUUCAAGGAAUGGCUCCUGAAAGACGUAGAGAAUUUGCAAGUGUUAGUGAUCCAUUGACUGGCAAAUUAUAUAUUCAUGGUGGAGGAAAUGAUAUGAAAGUUCCUAAAAGUGUUUUGUUUAAUGAUUUUUUUAUUCUGGAUGGAAAUAAUUUAUCCUGGAGUCAAAUUGGGAAAACUGGUCUAAAUAUACCACCUAUUAGAAUUGAUCAAGCUGCUGUAUUGAUUGUUAAUGGAGUAAUUGUUUUUAUUGGUGGAAGAGAAAUGAUUACUCCUAAGGCUCCUCUAACUGCACUUACAUUAUAUGAUACUAAAGCUGAUACUUGGGAUUUAAUGGUAAUUAUUAAUUUAAUAUGA